AUGGGAUCCAACAUGGAGCUGGUAUGGCUAGAGUCAGAGGCAUAUUCGUCACGGGUGAACAACUGCUCACAUGCAAAUUCAUCCAUAGCUACAAUUCGAGCAAAGUUGAGUGCCGAACAAUUAGAACAAUUCAAGACAUCAUGCUUUGGCCAUCUUCUGAAUAUAGAUAAGAUUCAGUUUAGCGGGCAGAUUGUGCAUGAGUUCACUCGUCAGGAUUUCUGCUUGAUCACAGGGCUUCUUUUUGGAGAAGUGCCUGAAGUUUCCAGUGGAGAAAGUGAUGAAAUUAGACUUCAGAAAAGAUAUUUUAUAGACGAAGGAAUUACAUGUAAUGCUUUAGAAGAAGCAUUUUUGAGGUGCAUAGAGGAAGAUGACAUCUACAAGCUAGCUCUUGUUUACUUUGCUGAGUUAGUGGUUUUGGGAAGGGACAAGCAUUUGAACAUCAAUCUAAAUUACCUGACCCUUGUAGAGGACUUGGAUGCGUUCAACAGGUAUCCGUGGGGUUUGGUGUCCUUUGACAAAACCCAAGACAAUCUAUUUUAUGCACCAGCAAAGUAUGUGAAAAGCUUUGAAAAUGAAGAAGGAAGAGGGAAGGGGAAAAGUAAGGUAACGGGAACAAGCCGGAAAAAUGAGAAGGGUAAGAAGGAUAAGCAUGGUGAAGUGCAAAGGGGUGGCUGGUGUUUUAAAGGUUUCAGAUUUGGGUAUAUGAAUUAA